UGUAGACUAGGCUUUAUAGCCCUAGAUUUACUCUUGGUCAUACGUAUGCGCGAGAAAGCGUUCCUAAUAGCAGCACUGGUAUUACAUCGUUCGAUCACACAUACCGCGGUUCAGGACAACAGGACAACAGGACAUAUCAAAAAGGCGGGAAGUCGAAGUUCUCGGACCGUUGAGUGGUUCGGAUGUCUUUUGUCUUCACAUAAAUUUUUUUUUUAUAUGUCAUCACGCUUUUUCUUCGAUUUUUGCUCACACACUUGUCAUUGUUCUCUCAAAUCAUAUUUUUUUAAUUGAAUCGUGGCCUGUAUUGGCGCCGUAUGGCAGCUUCGGCCAAAAAUAAGAAAUAAGAAAAAUAAGGCGGGAAGUGAUUGCGAACAUGUGUGAAAGUGCUGUUGUAGGUCAUAGCAUCACCGAUCGGUGACGUAAAUAUUUCGAGUGGUGAAAGGUAAAUUUCAUUACUUUAGUCAUUUUAUGUCAUAAAUUUAGUCUGAUUCGCGCUAUGCAUGCUUGGUAUGAUACCAUUAUCAAUUCAGGUGCAUUGAAAUUUGAUUCCGACGUCCAUUGGUUUUUCGUCAUUGAGGCAUUUCAUUGUUUCUUUUCCGGUGGAAUUAAGUAAAAAAAGGAAGAAAAACGAGGUAAAGGAUGAUACUGCGUUCCUAACCAGGAAAUCAGAAUCCGCGAAUGAAGAUAGGACGAAAUAUUACUGAAGUAUGAAAGACAUUAAGCAGUACUUCACCAAUGAUAGGAAGAUUGUUGACAAGGAGACUGCUAUUGAUCCUGGCAACAUCAUAGAACAGGAGGAAGAGGAGCAAGAGCAGGAGAUCAUCGCGACAGGUAAACGCAAACGCGUGAAGAUCCGAAUAUCACGCAGCGAUUCCAGGAGCAGGAUGUGUAACGUGAUUGAGAGCAAGAAUGAUCUAAUUGACAAAACACCCAGUCCAUACAAUGGUGAAGUAAACAGUGGCCAGAAAAAAGAUUUGCGAAAUGAAACGCCAAAAUCAGGCUUGAUUGAUUCAAAUAUAAAGCAGUGUUUUAAGAAGGACUUAAAGUCUGUGGAAAUGUAUGGAAAUCAGUCUGAAUCUGAAAAGACAAAUAUCUUGCAAGAAAAAAAAUUUAAUAAACAGAUUGUAGAUAAUUUUAAUAAAAGUGUAAUUGAGAUUAACGAAUCAAAUAUAGAAUUUCAUGAUGAGAUUGGUUCUCAGCAGGAAGAAUCAAACGCUUUUCAAGUUUUGAUGAAUCAUAGUAAACCAAUACAAUAUAAACUGUUACCACAGCAGCCAGUUGAAGACAUUGAGAGCAAAGAUAAAUUAGAUGAUGCAAAAGAAUUAAAAUCUAAACGAAAAGAGAAACUAAUAGCUUUAGCUGAUAAAAAGGGAUAUACAAAAAGAAAAAUGAUGGAGAUAGAAGAAAACGAGAGAAUAGAAAAGAAUAUUGAAAGUCGCAUAAGAUUCCUUAAAGGUGACAAUAAAAGCAACAUUAUACAUAAAAAAGAUAAUAACAUUGAACUAAAAAAUAACAAACAACUAUCAGGAAACUUACUAGAUUAUUUCAGCAAAUCAUCUCAGGAAAUAACAAAUAAGAAUGAAAAAUCUGUGUCUACUUUUAUUGUAAAAGCAGAUGUACAUAGGAACGACAAUUCUGACAUCGAACCUAUAAUGAAGCCAAUAUCAAAUAAGAUAUAUUCUAACAAAAAAUGUUUAAAAUCAGAAUUAGAGCUUUCUAUGAAUGAUAUCCACAUUGUAGCAUCUGAAAAUUUAUUUUCACCACAAGCUGUCAAACUGGAUAAGCAAAAGCGAGAGAAACCUCGUUGGGCUUUACGCAUAAAACUACAUUCUUCCGAACAAAACGAUUCUUUAAAUGAUACCGAUGAUGAAUUGUUUUCAUCAAGUAAAUCAAAAUUUAAUGGCAUGAAUAAAUCUCGAAAUUCUUUAAAUACAGAAAAUAAUAAAGUUUACUUAAAGAAUUGUGAUCGGCAUUCUAAGAAAGUACAGAAUAAAGAGAAAAAAGAACCGAUCGUAAAUAGUAAUAUAUCAUAUAUUGUCAGAGACGUCUCUAGUGAUAAUAAUGAAGAUACUAAUUUAUGUUUAAAAAAAUCGAAUAAAAGUGAUAAAAAGGAAGAAAAGAUUAACGAUAUGAGUGAAAUGGUUAUAACGGUGAUUGAUGAUUCCGAAUGCGAAAUUAUUAAUGAGAGUAGUUUGAAAAGAAAACCAAAUGAAAAGCUAGCGCCUUUAUUUGUUAAACGACGUAAAACUGAUCCGAUUUUUACGACAACUAGGCGCUUGUUUUUACAAUCGGAUAUAAUUGAUAUAGAGAAUAAAAAUAUUGAUCAUAAAGCGAACAACGAUUUACCCAUAUUACCGUUUCCUGCAAUCAGUCAUGUUACACAAUUAGGAGAUACUUCGGACUCGAUUAAAUUCGAAAUCAAACAUAAGUUUCCAAUGAAAAUCGAGAAAAAAUAUCUGCCUUCAAUAGAUAUUAAUAAUUAUAAGCAUAUUACUAGUUAUAAAGAAGCAUCAACAGUGAUUGAAGCAAUUAACAAACCUGUAAAGAAAAAUAUUGAACAAGCUUUGAUAGAAAUUGAGCAACUUUAUCCAGAUGUACAAAAUAUGUGGAAAACUAUAUCAACGAUUAAAGGCGACUUUGAGAAGAAAGCGCUGUCUCGGAGAGGCAGAAAGUCGAAAGUGUUCGAGCGAAAAAAAAUGUUAACGGAGAACGUCAAGAAUGAAGAUAAUCAAUCGCGUAAUUGCAUGUGGACGUAUAAAUAUAAACCAAGAAGUGUCCAGGAAGUUGUUGGAAACGAAGAAGCCGCGAAUAAGCUCAAGGAUUGGUUGAGCAGUUGGAGAUUGUCUUUAACGAAAGAGAACGAUGGAAGCAGUGGUGAUGAAUUUUAUUCCUCGGAUUGCAGUUCUUCGUGCAAUAAUGAAAAUAAUCAAAUAGCUGUAUUAUUAGGACCACAUGGCAGCGGAAAGAGUGCGAGCGUGUACGCGAUAGCAAACGAACUUGGUUACAGUGUGCUCGAGGUGAAUGCAUCUUCCAGACGGACUGGAAAGAGAAUCUUAAAGGAGUUAGAGGAAGCCACAAAAUCGCAUAGAAUUAAAAAAAGUAAGCUCGAGUUUGAGCGAAUCAUAAGUGAGAAUGAUGGUACGAAGAUAUCACAAAAUUCAUUGAUUCUUCUGGAAGACAUCGAUCUCAUCUUUGAAGAAGACGAAGGGUUCGUUUCCGCCGCGUAUCAAUUAGCAUCAAAUACGAAACGACCAAUUGUCAUGACAUGUAGAGACAUAUGUCCUCAUUUGAACAAAAUGGCACCGCAACAGAAUAAAAUUUAUUUUCAGAAAAUUAGUGGAAAUAGGAUAUCCGUCUUGUUAAAAUUAAUUUCGUUGGCGGAAACAGGUUACAAACUUUCACAUAAUUGUCUAAUGAAAUUAUUGCAGGCGGGUGAUCUACGACAGGCACUGCUUCAAUUACAAUACCUGCUAUUAUCGGGUUCACCAGUAUUAUCCGAACAAUCUACAAUCAUAAAGCUAUCACUUUGGCAAGAUAUGCAACGUUAUUUGUAUAAACCUGCGAUUAAGCUAAACAAAAAGCACAAAACAAAGAAAAGUAUAAAUACCAAAAAUUCCAAUGUCAUAUGUAUAUUAAACAAAUUAGCAGAAGAUUUAGACAAUUUAGCUUUAAUGUCAUCUUUAAUUGACAUUGAGGACAUAACAUUAAAUAUGUCAGAAGAAAAUACGCAACCAAGUUUAUCUUUAGCUGAAAAUAUAUCUUUUUAUUCCGCUUUACGCGAAAUAAAGGCAGACAUAGCAAAUUUUAUAAGCGAUCGAAUACUGUAUAAAGAUUUUAAGGCGAAUGAACAAGUACAGAAUCAAAGUAAUAUUAUUCUGAGAAAACAAUUGAAUCAAGGGGUAGAUCUAACACUGUCGCAUGUUACAUCUACAUGUUUAGAUCGACAAAUUAUGGCAAUAGAUUAUCUUCCAAUCAUGCGAGCGAUAUGUCGCGCAGAGGAAUCUCGCUCCACCAUUAAUUCUAAGCGAAGCAAUCGAUUUUUCCAUUAUUUGCACAAUUUGAAAGUGCCGACCGCGUUGAUGAAACCGAAUAUCUUAUCCGCCGCGUGCAGAAUGUUACAAGAAGAAAAUAAAAAUGCAUCGUAGUGAAUGUUACUAGCGACUGAUACGUGUUUUUACACGAGAACUAUUUAUCAGAUUUCACAAUUGCAGUAAAUUAGCGAUGUUUUGAUAUUAUUUAUG